AUGGGUAUACCUCUGCUUACACAUGUUUUGAACUUUGAUGAAGUAGAGAAAAUUUCGGUGUUUGAUCAUCAUAAAACAACAUAUUUAUAUGGUCCAGUUGGUGGCACACCUAAUACUUCAACAGCAAACGAACGAUAUUUAUUAACUAUUAAGAUGUUAGAUAAUACAACAAUUAACUGCGAUUUAGAGUCAGAUGCCACGACUGACGGCAUUAAAGCACGUAUUUAUGAAUUGAAAGGAAUACCACCUGAUGAACAACGUCUUAUAUUUGGCGGAAGACAGUUAGAAGACGGCAAAUCUCUAGAUGAAUGUUAUAUAUUGCAUGGAUCUACACUUCAUCUCAUAAAAAAGACACCUGCUACCAAACCAUAUAUUUUGAAUGCUGCAACCUUAGAUCCAAGACAUAAUUUUGACUUUACAAAUAUCAAAGAUGUUAAUGAAAAAUUUUGGCGAGGUGGCGAAGAAUACAUUCGUCCUUGUGGAUUCAGACGAUAUGCUCUCAAUGUUUCUGAUAAAUAUGAAAACUUAUUAUGGAUAGGUUGUGAAUCUGGUAUUGACGAGUGGCCUGUGUCAUAUCAUGGAACAGGUAAAUUUGAAAAUAAAACAAUGGCACAGAGUGGCUAUCCUUUAACACAAGAAAAACAAUAUUCAUUUACUAAUGGUGUUUAUUCGACUCCAGACAUAAAUUUAGCUGAAAAAUAUGCAAAAAAGUUUACUCAUAACAAUGAACAAUAUAUAGUUGUGUUUCAAAAUCGUGUAAAUCCUAAAACUUUGAAAAAGCUUCAGUCCAAUAGCUCUGAAACUGGAGGUUAUUGGGUUAGUCCAGAUGGCACAGAUGUACGUCCGUAUGGGAUUUGCAUUCGAAAAGUCUGA